UUCUCCGCGGCGAGGAGCGGGAGACCCUCUUCUGGGGCUUUGCGCCCUCAGCAGGAGGCUCCUGCGGCCGCCGCGGAUGAGCCUUCCCCGCCAGAGGUCGGUGUUAGCGACCGGGCUCCCUCGUCGCCCGCAGACUUCUAUGGGCUCGGGCUAGCGAGCGUGCGUGCGGCGGUCGCCUUUUGCUCUGCCCUCUUUCCUUCCUCCGGUGGGGCAACCCGAGCCGGCGGCGCAGCGCCGGGGAGCGGGUGGCAAAGGCUCAGCCGCGGCACGGAUGUCGGUCUCCAGGUGCUGCAGAGGCGGCGGAGGAGACGGCGCUAAACCUGAGCGCCUUUUGCAAGGCCGGGCUUGGAAAGUAUGCAUGACAAAUUGUCCUACUCUGAUUGUAAUGGUUGGCCUUCCAGCAAGAGGAAAAACUUACAUAUCAAAAAAAUUGACACGCUACUUAAACUGGAUUGGAGUGCCUACAAAAGAGUUUAAUGUUGGUCAGUACCGUCGAGAUUUGGUAAAAACAUACAAGUCCUUUGAAUUCUUCUUGCCAGACAAUAAAGAAGCCCUGAAAAUCCGAAAAAAGUGUGCCUUAGCAGCACUAAAUGAUGUCCGGCGAUAUCUUUGUGAAGAAAAUGGGCAUGUGGCAGUUUUUGAUGCAACAAAUACUACAAGGGAACGUAGAGACACCAUAUAUAAGUUUGGUGAAGAAAAUGGAUUUAAGACAUUUUUUGUGGAGUCAGUAUGCGUUGAUCCUGAGGUUAUUGCUGCAAAUAUUGUGCAAGUGAAAUUAGGCAGUCCUGAUUAUGUUGACUGUGCUAGUGAUGAAGCUACGGAAGACUUUAUGAAAAGAAUUGAGUGUUACAAGAAUUCAUAUGAGACGCUGGAUGAAAAUCUAGACAAGGAUCUUUCUUAUAUUAAAAUCAUGGAUGUUGGAAGGAGUUACCUUGUAAACCAUGUAAUGGAUCAUAUUCAGAGUCGGAUUGUUUACUACCUCAUGAAUAUUCAUGUAACUCCUCGUUCCAUCUACCUCUGUCGACACGGUGAAAGUGAACUAAAUCUAAAGGGAAGAAUAGGAGGAGACACGGGCUUGUCUCAUAGAGGGAAAGAGUUUGCCAAGAGCUUGGGCCAGUUCAUUAAUGACCAAAACAUCAAAGAUCUGAAAGUCUGGACAAGUCAGAUGAAGAGGACCAUUCAGACUGCUGAGGCUCUGAGAGUGCCUUAUGAACAGUGGAAAGUUUUAAAUGAAAUCGAUGCGGGAGUCUGUGAAGAAAUGACAUACGAAGAAAUUCAGGAAAAUUAUCCCUUAGAAUUUGCUUUGAGAGACCAGGAUAAAUACAGAUACAGAUAUCCUAAGGGCGAGUCUUAUGAAGAUCUUGUUCAGAGGUUAGAGCCAGUAAUUAUGGAGCUGGAAAGGCAGGAAAACGUGCUUGUAAUCUGUCACCAAGCUGUUAUGCGUUGUUUGAUUGCUUACUUUUUGGAUAAGCCUGCAGAACAACUGCCUUAUCUCAAGUGCCCUCUGCAUACUGUCUUAAAGCUAACUCCAGUGGCUUACGGUUGCAAAGUGGAAUCUAUUUUUCUAAACGUUGAGGCUGUAAAUACACACAGGGAUAAACCACAGAAUGUAGACAUUGUCAGACCUCCUGAGGAUGCCCUUGUAACUGUCCCUGCUCAUCUGUGAAUCCUGUUUCCUGAUCAGCUAUGAAAGAUGUGGUGCUGUUUUUAUCAUACUUUCUUAAUUUUCAAUCAACCAUUCCAAUCACCUUGGAAUCAAAUUUGAAUAUAGCAGUUUUUCUGUAUUGCAUGACUUGGGGAUCAAAUUGUUUUAGACUGUUUGAACUAAAUAGUUGAAUAAUUAACAAGUUAUUGUUCACUUCUGCUGAAAUAUGAAUAGUUCCUUUUUCAAUAUAACUUAACUAUUGCUGAUUUUUAAUUUAAUGUUCUAUGUCCAGUAAAGCUCAGUUCAGUACUUUCAGUGCCUAAGUUAUUAAUAGUUACAAUACAUCUGAUAGUUGCAAUAAAUACAAUAGAAUCAAUGAGAAGAUAGCUGGAUAUUUUUCAGGUGAUAGUAUGUUUAUUCCAAUGUCAUUGACCAAUGUAAAAUCUAUCAUUAGAAAUUCUAAUUCUAAUUGAUUUUAAUGUAUCUAAAAAGUUGUUUCCUAUUAAGUGGGCAGUAUUUUUAAAAUGUGGUUGGCCCAUCUCCAACUGCCCGUCUUUACUUCCUAGGUUUCAAAGCUUUUUCUAAACCAGCUGAAGAGCGCUGGCUUGGUUCCAAAUGUAGUCCACAUAAGAGCAUUUGUGACUAUUGCUCCUUUCUCGGCUGUGUUGUGUUUCUGCAUCUUUCAGCUCUGGCCCUUGAUCUGGUGUUGCCUCUGCUCAGUGGAUUUUGGAAAUGUUCAGGGAAGUCAUGAUCAGGAUGUAGAGUUGCAUGUUCCCAUGGCUUCCUCAUUUGCUCUGCUGAAUCCUAUCUCCUCUCCCUUUAGGCUCUUGUGGCUCAUAUUCAUCUUUGUGGCUUAUCACUAGGUCUGCCAUAUCUGAGAUGCAAAUGUCAGAUGGCAGCAAAAGCACAGUGUUUUAGGCAUCUUUUUGCUGCCUUUUGGUGGCUGUCCAAAAUUUUGCAUGCAGCAUCUCUUUUGUAUACAGGACCAUAAUAGCAUAUCUCAGCAAUAUCUUCUUGACAUAAUGUGUCAUACUUGACCUUAUGUUUAAGAUUUCUUAGUCAUUGAAUGGAAAAGUUGGUGCAAGGGGGAGUCUCGUGGGCACCAAAGAAAGACCCAUUUUGUAAUCUUUCACUAUAUCACUACUCUGCUAGCCUGUUUGAAAGUAGGUGUUUCGGUAAAAGGUUGUGCUGUUUAAUAGCUUGCUUGAUUCAGGGUUGUAUUUAAUGCAAGCUAAUCAAAAUUAAACUAUAUGUCAUGUAUCCACUUAGUACAUACCAACCAAUCUGCAGCAUUCGGCAGGAUAUAUAGUCAGAUGUUGGUAGCUGAAAACAGGGCCCAUGUGUAGGAAAAUCAACAUUUAUUACAAGCCUUCUCUAGUGAAGGAAAAACUUCGGCAGUAUUACUGAUGAAACUGUCAUGUGAUUUGCUAACAUAGGAAGUUGUAGUGCUUCAUAGAUUGUGGGGUAGAAAAAAGAGAUUUGGUUGAAAGAGGAGGAGAGGUGGGUGGAUUUAGAUGAAUGACACUCAGAAGUUGUGAUUCUCCUGUGCUUGUGCAUGUAUAUUGAAAACAAAAUCUUUGCUGUCUGUUGGGGUUACUUGAAGAGCUAAAAACAUUGUGCUGUGCAUGAUCCUAAAUUCAUGUUAGUUAAUGGUGAAAAACAGUCUUCUGCUAUACCUACUGAAGCCAAUAUGUGGGCCCCAGGAGUUCAUAUUGAAUAAAACCCAUCAUCUUUUGAGUUGGUAGUAACUUGAGCUUUGAAAAAGUGUAUUGACUAUGUCAGCCAGUGGGCAGCUGCUAUUAUUCAGUGUAUAAUUUUGAAUCAGACUUCUUUAUAAAUUCUCCUGCUCCUCAAUUCUAGUGUUGCGAGAGAAUAAAAUUUUUUAUAUGCUAUGCGUGAUUUUAUGUAUCUAUAACUUCUGGUAAAUUCCCAAACCCCAAAGUUGUCAUUUUUUCUCAUGGUCUACAUGUUUUAUUCUAUGUUUGAAGGUAGCUGCUUGGGGAGCAUGUAUCUCUAGAAUACAAUGUGGGUCUGCAACUGCAGUUCAUCUUCAGAAAUGUAAGGAAUUUAUUAGAUCUGAAGAUCUCUAAAGGCAGCUUAUCUUCGGAUGUAGUUAAGCCAAAUUAUUCAUUUUGGCAUAAGAGGGCAUUUUUCUAAGAGGUUAAUCUCAGUGCAGGGUUACUGUCUUAAUUCCCUAAAUUUAUCAAGAGAAUCUUCUUGGUCAGGCCAGAGUUAACUAUGCAUUUCCUUGGACUAUGAACCACUUAAAGCUUGCUAACCAAUUCUUCUUAUUUUAUUUUCAGAAUGUGUGUGUGAGCCGCUCUCGAGAAGAAGCCUUGAGGACUGUACCUAAUCAUGUGUAGCUCUCUGGUCUCCCAGCACUGUCCCAGGCUGCUAUCCAAUGUCAACAUUAAGGACACUUCUCAGGGACACGAUGAUGAAAGCCUUCAAAGGAAGCAGCCAACAAGGCAGAAAAAUGCCUGAUCUCUUCUUUUAAAAUGGAUUUCAAGACAAACUGAGCAUUAAAGUAAAAAAUGUACCAAGUAUUUAAGGAAGGAACACAGGAUGAAAUUAGUUUUAAUUUAAUAUAUUUUGUCUUCAGCCUGUCAUUUUUGAUCUUGAAUGUUUAUAUGUAUAAAUUGUUAGGUCUUAUUUUGAGAUUCUUCUAGAGUUAGAAUAUUUUCUUAAGCUGGUCUUUCUGUUAAAAACAAUCCUCUGAUUAUUUUAUUCAAACUUAAUGCACAUGAAAUUUUAUGCACACCAAAAGUAUUUUAAACUUUUUCAUGUACUAGACAGGAUAUAUCAUCUCCAUCAAACUUCAUUCAAGUUUUUUUUAAUUUCAUAAUUGAUUUGGUUAAUAACACAAAAAGUUACAUGUUUAUAAUCUAUUGAAUGUUAUAAAGUGGGCUAUUAAUAUUUCCAGUUUUGGGGUGGGAUAGUAAUGCUGUAGCAGUUGGUAUUUAUAACACCAACUUUCUAAAUAAUUUUAUUAAAGGUUAUAUUUUCAUUUUAGUAUCUAAAAUAUUUUCUCUUUUAUGGUAUUAUAAAGUGCUCCAGAGCCUCCUAGAUAAUUUUCUCAAAUGAUUUUUUGAUCGAAAAUAAUAGAUUUCUUUCUACUUCAUAUACAAAGUAAAACCAUUUUCAAAGCCCCCCCCCCUUUAAAUAUCUUUAAUUCUAUUUAAGAAUACUGAUGGAUACUGUAAUUAGCCAAAAUUGGCCCGCAUAUUGUUCAUA